CUGGAGGUGGAGCUCACUGAGGAUCAUUACCCGGUGUGGUAGAGGAGGCCGAGUUUGGCGAGAAGCGGAGGGUUCCGGAGCCACUAAUGGUUUUCCUGUCGCUGUCCCGCUGGAUCCGGAGCCGAGGGCCUGACCGCUACUGGCGGGUCCAGGAGGUGUUGAAGCAUGCCCGGCAUUUCCGAGGCAGGAAGAACCGAUGUUACAGCCUGGCUCUGCGGGCGGUGAGGAGAGCCUUCCUCUAUUCCACCAAGGCCAGGAGACUCAAGAAGCGGAACAUGAGGACGCUUUGGAUAAACAGGAUAGCAGCUGCCGCCCGGGAGCAUGGACUGAAGUACCCCAUGUUGAUCAGUAACCUGGUUAAGUGUCAGGUGGAGUUGAACAGGAAAGUCCUUUCGGAUUUGGCCAUUUAUGAACCAAAGACAUUUAAGUCCCUGGCAGCAUUGGCUAAGCGAAGGAGAGAAGAAGGCUUCCAUGAUGCACUGGGUGAUGGCCGAGAACCCAAUGGUGUGUUUUCACGCAUUGUACAUUCGAGUUAAGGACGGAAUGUGAAUACUUGAUGCAAACACUUCUCACCAUGGCUGACUUUACUCCCAUUUUAACUAAAUGUUUAUGACGGAUAUUUGCUUUUCCCAAGACUUUUGGUCACUUUAUGGACUUGACUGUGUUGAAUGAGAAUUAUGUGUGGAAUUCGUUGAAUAAAGAUUUUUUAAUAUUGAAA